AUGGCAAACUUCACCAGACUCAACGUGUUGACACCUAACCGUUCUGAUUGGAGGGUUUUGGUUAGAGUUGAAAAGAUGUGGGAUACCUUGGAGGCAGAUGUUGGUGAAGGUCUAAGCUUUCUUUUUGUGGAUGAAAUGGUUUGUUCUCGAUCUUAUAACGCCCCGACCGCCCCUCCCGGUGAGUCACCCACGCCCUCUCUUUGGGCCCCCAGGCCCAUCUCGGCCCGUGGGCCUCACCCCUGUCCGACGGCCGGUCCGUUAUUUUUGAGAGGCUCUAAUGACUUGUUUACUAUCCCUGCAAUCAACACCCGACCUUUCCCCGUGUUUUGGCCUCACUCACACGGUUUCGGAAACCACUUCCCGAAAGGUCACCCAUCCUUCAACUACUCCAGCCCAAGCACGCUUAACUCUGGAGUUACUUAUAGACCUUUGACCGAAAAGGGCACAAAGAUGCAUGCUUUUGUUGAACAAAGUAAUCAGAUGAAAAGGUUCAAGAGAUGUCUUCAUGAAGGGGAAUGGAAGAUUCUAACCGGAUUUUCCGUGGUCAUGGUGAACACAGAGAUCCGUUUGACGGAAGCCAGAAACAAGAUUGCUCUCACGUCCAACACCAGCGUCACACCCGCAGAGGACUCGGAUGCUUGGAUUCCGCUUGACAUCGUUCCUUACGAUUAUGUUUCGAAUUUUUGGAAUGAUGAACGAACUUCUUUCCCUAGAGGGAAGAUGUCUCUUAUUCCUAGGAACCCUUUAAACGAUGAUCCAAAGACCACUAACACAAUAGAUUUCACCUUACAGGACAACGAUGGGGAUCAAAUACAGUGUCGUGUAAAGGGUGCCUUAGCAUCUAAGUUUAAACGGUUUUGGCUUUACUAUGGUAAAAUUGAGACCAUCGUAUGCCUCUUAACCGAUUGGCGGGUUGUUGAAGAUGCGGAUCCAAUUCAUAUCGAAAGUGAAGAAGGAAUCUCUAGAUUUGAAUUCAAUCCUAUUGGCUUUGAUGAGGUUGACCAUUUCACUGAGAUAAUGUGCUCUUCCUCACAAGACAGCAGCGAAGAAGAAUGUUGA